AUGUUUGUGCGUUUCGCGAUUCUUGCUAUAUCAUUAACGCUUAUUCUAUGUAAAAAUCGGCAAUCCAAUGAAGUUCUGGAAAACAUUAAGUGGAGACUACCAAAAUGCAAGACUUCGAAUAGAAGUGGUCAUCUGCAAACAGUGUUGGAAAUCGUACAAAAGGAUAUAGAGAAGAAGAAAAAAGGGCCAAGAUACAGCUGCAACUUGCAACAACGUGCGCCCUAUUACAAGUACAUCAAUGAGAAGUCUUGUUAUUUCAAAACUCUUUCGGCUAGUUAUACUCUCGGAGAAAUUGCUAAUAAGAUCGCGAGCAAAGUCUAUGGCGCCUCGUCUGAGAUAAGUUUUCAUUCCUUCAGCUCAAAAUAUUAG